AGGUGAGAGUGGAAAGGGGCUGGGGCAGUAGAGAGUGAGGAACUCUGCAGUCACUCCAUGGGGCCAGUGGGGUGACCUUGGGCUCCUCCCCUGAGGGGGUGAAGCCUGGCAGGAGGCCAGAAGAGAGAGAAAGCAGCCCCUGGGAGUAAAGCAGCCCCAGCAGCAGGAUUUGGACAACUAGGGAGAGAGCCCUGGGAGGUGCCCAGUGGAGGAUGGCACAGCAGAGAGGGAGACAAGGCCCAGGAGGGCUGAAAUUGGUUUGUGUCUGUAUGCUUAGUUCGGGAUUUUCAUUAGGCGACCCAGAGGAGAGCCUUGGGAGUCCUGAGAAGGGAUAAACCGUGGCGAAGGUUGUGAGCAACACGCAACCCAGAGUAAGCCAAAGACCCUUCGGUGAGGACACUAGACUGUUGGACUUUCUGUUACUCUAGAAGGAGAGGACUGAAUUGUGACCUGGCCGGAGAGCUGAGUGGCAGGAAGAGGCAGAGUAUCAGAGGACCAGGGCAGCUGUCUGCAGGGAGGCGUUAGGUAGGGAGAGAACUGCUACACAAUGCCCUGCCACGAAGAGGCACUGUAGUGGUGAGGGAUCUGAAACCCAUGGCCUCCAGGCUGUCUUCACUACCUCCCUGCAGGAGCAAAGUUCAGCGAGAACUGCUGGGUAUGCUCAAUGGGCUGAGCAAACCCAGGGGUUACAGCACAGUUGUCAGCCAGGAGGCUCACUAUACAGCCAGGAUCGUCACUCCAGGCUCACCUCCAGCCCCUCAUACAUGCUGGCAAAGUCUUGUUUUCCGGUACAUACACAUUACAGAAGGGAACAAGGACCUUUGCUCACACCUGCCGGGGACCGAAGCCCUUUAUUGCCAGGAUUGUGGGCUUUUUGAUCGCAGCAGUCAGCCAUUGGAGGGGACAGCCCAGCAGAUUGGCUUUCCCAGGUGCUCCCAAACAGGCAGGAUCGUGGAACAUCAGGACAGAUCAGGCAGCUUUGGGCAUUGUAGAUCACCAAUGCAGAUAUUGUCCAAGGGGUGAGACCAGUAAGUGCGGGCUUACAGCAACCAACUGACUGACUGCGCUGGCACCACAUGAACCUGUGGUUUGUGAAGGCAACCACCCUGCGGCCAGGAUUUCCACGGGGUCCCCGGGGUCCCUGCCUGCGGAAAUGACAGCAAGUGGGACGGGCCUAAGGCAGCAGCUGUUGCACCAGUCUCUUUGGAAGUGCUUGCGUUUGUGACCAGCCCUUUCCCUGUGCUGAAUCUGAACAAAAUCACUGUGUUCCCCUGCGGACAGCCUUCCAUACUCUGUUGUCAUGCAGAGACGUGGCCUGACACCUGAGUCAGCCCAACCCUCCCUUUCUCCCCAUGGAUGUGCCUUCCCCUGCCAUUCCCACAGUCUGUUCUGCCAGCUCUCCCUGCAGCGCUCCAGCAGCUUUAAGGAUUUCGCCAAGUCCAAGCCCAGCUCCCCCGUGGUGAGCGAGAAGGAGUUUAACCUGGAGGAGAACAUUCCUGAGGAUGACCCAGCCAAUGCACCUCCUGAUGACACUGGGAAGAGCAGUGGCAUGAAGCUGGGCAAGAAGUGGAGAGCCGUCAUCUCCCGCACCAUGAACAGGAAGAUGGGCAAGAUGGUGGUGAAGGCGCUGGCCGAGGGGAAGGGAGAAGUGGGGGAGGAGGGGUCCAUGUCCCCCAUGUUUCUGGACAGCAGCCUGGAGGAGCCAAGCCUCGAGAAGGUGCCCUUGUCGUACGUGGAGCUGGAAGAGGACGUGCACACGCCGCUCAGCCGCCAGACAUCCAGUGGAAGUGAAUUGGGCUGCACCAGCCCCUGCACCACAGGCAGCAACCGCGACAGCAUGAGGCUGGAGGAGCCCAGCCUGCCCUACAGCGGCCCUUUCUGCGGGAGAGCCCGGGUCCAUACGGACUUCACACCCAGCCCCUACGACAGGGACUCGUUGAAGCUGCGGAAAGGGGACAUCAUCGGGAUCAUAGAGAAGCCCCCCGUGGGCACCUGGACGGGGGUGCUAAACAACAGAGUGGGCUCCUUCAAGUUCAUCUACGUGGACAUCAUCCCCGAGGAGCCAGUGCCAGCCCGCAAAAACCGGGGGCAGAGCAAGAGCAAGCGGCCCAAGCCCAAGACCUUACACGAGCUGCUGGAGCGCAUAAACCUGGAGGAGCACAUCUCCACCUUGCUACUGAAUGGCUACCAGACCCUGGAUGACUUCAAGGAGCUGCGGGAGACCCACCUGAAUGAGCUAAACAUCAUGGACCCCCAGCAUCGUGCCAAGUUGCUCACAGCUGCUGACCUGCUGCUGGACUAUGACGCAGCCAGUGAGGCUGAGGAAGGAGAGAGCUCGGAGCUGCAACCUGCCACCUCAGACCCAAAAGGGGACAUUCCCCGCGACUCGGGCUGCUUCGAAGGAUCUGAGACACUGGAGAGUGGCCGGGAUGAGAUGGAGCUGAACAGCACAGAGGAGCAACUUCAGACCCUCUCUCUAGAAUAGUCCUCCUGAGCCUGUCCCCUCCCUGCCCCAGCACUGUCCUCCCAGCACUACACCACAUCAGGGACUGAGCCUGCAGAGCAGGGAGGACAGGACAAGACACCCCAGGGGCACACUCUACCCCGACCAACAUCUGGGGAGAUUCCUGGACCACAAGUGACCACCCCCACGCUGGGAACACUCAUGUGAGCCCUGCAGGGGAAGACACUGGGGCUGUUUUAUGGUUCCAUGGGGCAGCUGCCUAGGUCCCCACCCCAGGAUACAUCUCCCCUUUGGGAGCUGCACGGGACCCCUCUCUGCACUCCUAUCAAAGACAAAGGACCUGCUUCUGCAAAUAGCUCAGCCCUCAUCCUCCAGCAUCUCCGUUAGAAACUCCAGCCUCAGAGCCUGUGGAUUAGCCAUGAACAGGUGUUUUCCUGUCCCUCUGCCUGGCACCCACUGUGGUCUGCCCACACCCUCUGCCUGGCCUUACCAAAUGGCCGAGGCCUCAGUCAGCAGGACACCCUUUGAAUGGGAAGGAUCCAGGAAGCUCCUGGGCAAUGCAAAGCCACACAGUUUAUCCACGAGGGUGUCUGAGACUAUGCAAUGGGAGAUGCCCACUUGCAGCUGAAGCUCCCUGGCGUCAGAGGCUCUUUGCAAGGGAGGCUACAGGUAACCUAAGAGCUGGUGCUAACAGGGUGAGGGAGCCGGGAACUGAACAAGAAGUGAGACCAUUGUGUUUCUAAUGCAACUCUCAGGGUGGUGGAGGGGGACAGACAGCAGAGCAGGGCGAUGGGUGCCACGCAGGAUCCUCGCCAUCAAGGCUCAGCAAGCGCUGGGAGCAGAAGUCCGUAGCCUCCCAAGCUGGCAUUCCUCAGAAAGGGGCGAGUCCCUUGCAAGGCAGAGCCUAGCCAUGUGGCGACCAGCUUGGCCAGAAAGCAGAGGGUUUGGCUCCAGGGGCUUUGCCAUUCCUCAUCACAGGACAUUGAGUUAUUAGAAAUAUGGCCAGGCUGCAGCAGCUCCCCCAGCCAAAGGCGCGGGCCAGCUCACUGCAGCAACAGACCAAGCCAUCACUCCAGCCUGCCACACAUGCCCACUGAGGCCGACCUGGCUCAGGCCAGCAGAAACUUGUUUAGGAAGCUGGUCGGAAAGACAGCACCUUGUGUCGGAAAGGCCCUGCAUUGUGCUCGCAACAUUCCCCAGUGUGUGGCCAUUCUGUGCAUCGGAACAGCUGCCUUGGGAGGGCACACACUGAGUGUGCACCGAGGAAGCCGAUACUGAGUUGGUUUGUUUGAAGCGAUCCUUGGUGCUCAGUCCCCGGGCCCACAACUGCUCAAGAGCCCCCUGUGCAGCAGAGAAUGGGGGCACCCCCAAUGUGAAUUCAUGUGUUCCUACAGAGCUCACACCCCUGUUCAGGGCUGUCCCUGACAGACUAACACUGCAGCGUUGGGGCACGUCGAUUACGGAUGCAGCUGAUGGAUGCAAGAGGGUGCUGCAUUAAGAGCAACAAGAGCCCACCUAGCUUUAGAAAGCAAGCAGGUUGGGUUCUAUUGGGGCUUGUCCCAGGACAAAAGGGCUGGGCCAGCUUUGGCACAAUGUGGCUGCACCAAGAGUUCUUCGGUUAGCUUAUGUUAAAAGGGCAGGAAAUAGUCUUGCACUGGAGCUGCACCCAUAUGCUGUUACCCACAGAAUAUGCUGAGUGACUGGGUAAUAGGCCAAUUCCAGUCCUGGAGUAAAGGGCUACAACACCCACUAAUGCUGAUGGGAGAUACAUCUGCUUACAGCAGAGUCACCUUUGGCCCCAUGUCUGUGGCAAGCUUAGCCCUGAAUUCCAGGACUCCUGUGCCCGUAAAAUCUCUGCCUUUCUGUUGCAGUAAUGUAGGUUUGGGUGUUGAAUUCAAUCCCUUGUGCUUGACCCCAAUAAAACGUGCUCUAACCUGCAA